GUUCUUAAACUUCCAUUGACGGCAGAAAAACAGCUUUUUUUGUGUGUGCUUUGACAGACGUGAUGAGCGGCAGGGUUGGCGACCUCAGCCCGAAGCAGGCUGGGGCAUUGGAAGAGUUUCGAGAGAGGAUUCAGGACGUUCUUCCACUACUUCCUGCUCAUCAUGACCACUUCCUGUUGCGCUGGCUCAGAGCCAGGAACUUCAAUGUCAACAAAUCAGAGGCCAUGCUGAGAAAGCACCUUGACUUCAGGAAACACAUGAACGCAGACACAAUCACCACACAAUGGCAGCCUCCAGAGGUGAUAGAGAAGUACCUGUCAGGUGGGAUGUGUGGGUACGACCGUGAGGGAAGCCCCAUCUGGUGGGAUGUCAUCGGCCCCGUGGACCCCAAGGGCCUCUUCCUGUCAGCGUCUAAACAGGACUUCAUCAAGUCUAAGAUCAGAGACUGUGAGAUUCUGCAGAAGGAGUGUGAGCUGCAGUCUGAGAGGUUGGGGAGGCAUGUUGAAGCCAUCACUAUGAUCUAUGACUGUGAUGGUCUGGGUCUCAAACAUUUAUGGAAGCCUGCCAUCGAGACUUACGGAGAGAUCCUGACCAUGUUUGAAGACAAUUACCCAGAGGGCCUCAAGAGACUGUUUGUCAUCAAAGCCCCUAAGCUUUUCCCUGUGGCUUACAACCUCAUCAAGCACUUCCUGAGUGAGAUCACCCGCAACAAGAUCAUCAUCCUGGGGGCCAACUGGCAGGAGGUGUUGUUGAACUACAUAGACCCGGAGCAGCUUCCUGCCGCGUACGGAGGGAAACUCACCGACCCUGACGGGGACCCUCGCUGUAGGAACAAGAUCCACUACGCAGGGCCGGUACCUGCUUCCUACUUCGUGAGGGAGUCAGUGAAGGUGGAUUAUGAACAGUGUCUGACAGUCAGCCGAGGCUCCUCACAGCAACUGGAGUAUGAGAUACUCUUCCCUGGCUGUGUGCUCCGGUGGCAGUUUUCCAGUGAUGGGGCAGACAUCGGCUUUGGGGUGUUUAUGAAGGGUAAGAUGGGGCAGAGGCAGAACGCAUCGCAGAUGCAGGAGGUGGUUCCCAGCCAGAGAUACAAUACCCACCUGGUGCCUGAGGACGGUUCUCUCACCUGCAGCGAGCCUGGAAUCUAUGUGCUGCGGUUUGACAACACCUACAGUAUCUUCCAGUCCAAACGCAUUAGCUUUACUGUCGAGGUCCUGCUCCCCGGCCAAUCGCAGUCUCUGAAGAAAAUGAUUGGGAUGGAAUCUGGGGCCAGCAACCAAUCACAGUCCCUGAAGAACAGGAGUCUGUCAGAAUCUGGGGCUAGCAGCCAAUCACAGUCUCUGAAAAAUAGGGGUGGGUCAGAAAGGGGGGUUAGCAGCCAAUCGCAGUCUCUGAAAAACAGGGGUGGGUCAGAAAGGGGGGCUAGCAGCCAAUCGCAGUCUCUGAAGAACAGGGGUGGGUCGGAAUCUGGGGCCAGCAGCCAAUCGUGA